AUGAUUUUGAAAUCUUUUAUACUAGGUAAUCUAGUAUCCUUAUGCAUGAAGAUAAUCAAUUCGGUCGUUGUGGUCGGACUCUAUUAUGGAUUUCUGACCACAUUCUCCAUGGGACCCUCUUAUCUCUUCCUUCUCCGAGCUCGGGUUAUAGAAGAAGGAGAAGAAGGAACCGAGAAGAAGGUAUCAGCAACAACAGGUUUUAUUACGGGGCAGCUCAUGAUGUUCAUAUCGAUCUAUUAUGCGCCUCUGCAUCUAGCAUUGGGUAGACCUCAUACAAUAACUGUCCUAGCUCUACCGUAUCUUUUGUUUCAUUUCUUCUGGAACAAUCACAAACACUUUUUUGAUUAUGGAUCUACUACCAGAAAUUCAAUGCGUAAUCUUAGCAUUCAAUGUGUAUUCCUGAAUAAUCUCAUUUUUCAAUUAUUCAACCAUUUCAUUUUACCAAGUUCAAUGUUAGUCAGAUUAGUCAACAUUUAUAUGUUUCGAUGCAACAACAAGAUGUUAUUUGUAACAAGUAGUUUUGUUGGUUGGUUAAUUGGUCACAUUUUAUUCAUGAAAUGGGUUGGAUUGAUAUUAGUCUGGAUACAGCAAAAUAAUUCUCUUAGAUCGAAUAAGUACAUUCGAUCUAAUAAGUACCUUGUGUCAGAAUUGAGAAAUUCUAUGGCUCGAAUCUUUAGUAUUCUCUUAUUUAUUACCUGUGUCUACUCUUUAGGCAGAAUACCGUCACCCAUUUUUACUAAGAAACUGAAAGAAACCUCAGAAACGGAAGAAAGGGAGGAAGAAACAGAUGUAGAAAUAGAAACAACUCCCGAAACGAAGGGGACUAAACAGGAACAAGAGGGAUCCACCGAAGAAGAUCCUUCUUCUUCCCUCUUUUCAGAAGAAAAGGAGAAUCCUGACAAAAUCGACGAAACGGAAGAGAUCCGAGUGAAUGGAAAGGAAAAAACAAAGGAUGAAUUCCAUUUUCACUUUAAAGAGACAUGCUAUAAAAAUAGACCUGUUUAUGAAACUUUUUAUUUAGAUGGGAAUCAAGAAAAUUCGAAGUUAGAAAUCUUUUUAGAUAAAAAAGAUAAAGAUCUCGUAUGGUUUGAAAAACCUCGUGUAACUAUUCUUUUCGACUAUAAACGCUGGAAUCGUCCAUUUCGAUAUAUAAAAAACGAUCAAUUUAAGAAUGCUGUAAGAAAGGAAAUGUCACAAUAUUUUUUUUCUACAUGUCGAAGUGAUGGAAAAGAAAGAAUAUCCUUUACGUAUCCACCCAGUUUGUCAACUUUUUUGGAAAUGAUACAAAGAAAGAUGUCUCUGUUCACAACAGAAAAACUCUCCUCUGAUGAAUUGUAUAAUCAUUGGAAUUAUAACAAUGAACAAAAAAAGAAAAACCUAAGUAACGAGUUUAUAAAUAGAGUAGAAGUUCUAGAUAAGGGGUUUCGUGUUCUGAAUAUACUCGAAAAAAAGACUAGAUUGUGUAAUGAUGAAACUAAAAAAGAAUACUUACCUAAAAUAUAUGAUCCUUUUUUGAGUGGGCUCUAUCGUGGAAAAGUCAAUUUUUUUUUUUCACCCUCAAUCAUAAAUGAAAUUUCCAUAAAAAAUUACAUAGAGAUGCUUUGGAUAAAUAAAAUUUAUCUUAUCCUUCUUAUUUCUAAUUAUCAAGAAUUUGAACCAAAAAUGGAGGAUCGAAUAAGAAUUUUAAAAUUUUUAUUUGAUGCAAUUAUAGUGGAUUCCAAGAAUAAAAAAAUUGUAAAAAAAUCUACAGAAAUAAAAAAAGAAAUAAGUAAACAAAUUCCUCGAUGGUCAUACAAAUUAAUCGACGAUUUGGAACAACAAGAGGGUGAAAAUGAAGAGAACGCGGCAGAGGAUCAUGAGAUUCGUUCACGAAAAGCCAAACGUGUAGUAAUUUUUACUGAUAAUCAAGAGAAUCCUGAUUCUAAUACUUAUAAUAAUUCCAAAACUAAAGAUACAACUAAUUUUGAUCAAACAGGCGAAGUGGCUUUGAUACGUUAUUCACAACAAUCGGACUUUCGUCGAGAUAUAAUAAAGGGCUCCAUGCGAACACAAAGGCGUAAAAUAGCUAUUUUGAAACUGUUUCAAGCAAAUUUGCAUUCUCCCCUUUUUUUAGACAGAAUAGACAAAUUUCUUUUUUUUGCUUUUGAUACUUCUGAGCUGAUGAAAAUAAUGUUUAUAAAUUGGAUGUGUAAAAACGCAGAAUUCACAAUUUCAGAUUCUACUAAUACAGAAGAAAAAACAAAAGAAAGUGACAAAAAAGAAAAAGAAGAGAUCAAAAACAGACGAGAAGAAGACAAAAGAGAAGAAAAAGUCCGUAUAGAAAUAGCCGAAACCUGGGAUAGCAUUAUUUUUGCUCAAGCAAUAAGAGGUUGUGUUUUAGUAAUUCAAUCGAUUCUUCGAAAAUAUAUUCUAUUGCCUUCAUUAAUAAUAGCUAAAAAUAUCAUUCGUAUGCUAUUAUUUCAAAUUCCUGAAUGGUCCGAGGAUUUAAAGGAUUGGAAUAGAGAAAUGCAUGUUAAAUGCACCUAUAAUGGAGUUCAAUUAUCAGAAACAGAAUUUCCGAAAAACUGGUUAACAGACGGUAUUCAAAUAAAGAUCCUAUUUCCUUUUCGACUACAACCUUGGCACAGAUCUAAGUUUAAAUUCCUUUCUAAAGAUCCAAUAAAAAAGAAAAGACAAAAAAAUGAUUUUUGUUUUUUAACAGUUUGGGGAAUGGAAGCUGAACUUCCUUUUGGUUCUCCCCGAAAAGAGCUUUCACUUUUUGAACCUAUUUUUAAAAAACUAAAAAAAAAAAUUAGAAAGUUGAAAAAAAAUGGUUUUCUAACUCUAACAAUUUUAAAAGAAAAAAGAAAACUAUUUCUACAUUUACCGAAAGAAACAAAAAACUGGUUCAUCAAAGGUAUUCUAUUUCUAAAAGAAAUAAUAAAUAAAUUUUCAAAAUCAAAAAGAAAUCCAAUUCUAUUAUUUGGAUUUAGAGAAGUAUAUGAAUUAAAUGAAACUAAAAACGAAAAAAAUUCACCAAUCAAUAAUCGGACUAUUCAUAAAUUUUCCACUUCAAUUCGAUCUAUGGAUUGGAUAAACUAUUCACUGACAGAAAAAAAAAUGAAAGAUCUGAAUGCCAGAACAAAGACAAUAAGAAAUCAAAUAGAAAAAAUUACAAAAGAAAAGAAAAAACGAUUUCUAAUCUCAGAAAGAAAUAUUAGUCCUAACAAACUAAGUUAUAAUGCUAAAAGAUUCAAAUUAAAAUCAUCAAAAAAUAUUUUACAGAUAUUAAAAAGAAACAAUGCUCAAUUAGUCCGUAAAUCAUAUUUUUUUAUCAAAAUUUUGAUUGAAAAGAUAUAUAUAGAUAUCCUUCUAGCUAUCAUUAAUAUUCCGAGGAUCAAUGUACAGUUUUUUCUUGAAUCACCAAGAAAAAUGAUUAAUAAAUACAUUUAUAUGUAUAAUAAAAAAGAAAAUAACAAAAGAAUUGAUAAAACAAAUCAAAAUACACUAAUUCACUUUAUCUCGAUUAUAAAAAAGGCAUUAAAUUAUAGUAAUUUUAAUAAGAACUCGAAGAUUUUUUAUAACAUAACCUCCUUGUCACAAGCAUAUGUAUUUUACAAAUUAUCACAAGUCCAAGUUAUUAACCUAUAUAAGUUAAGAUCUGUCCUUCAAUAUCAUGGAGCAUCUCUUUUUCUUAAGAAUGAAAUAAAAGAUUAUUUUGGAGUCCAAGGAAGAUUUCAGUUCAAAUUAAAAGAUACAAAUUUUAGAAAUUCUGUAAUGAAUGAAUGGAAAAACUGGGUAAGAAGUAAUUAUCAAUAUAAAUACGAUUUAUCUCAGAUCAGAUGGUCUAGCUUAAUAUCGCAAAAAUGGCGAAAUAGAAUGAAUCAACAGCAUAUAAUCCAAAAUAAAGAUUUAAAUAAAUGGAAUUUAUAUGACAAAGACCAAUUAAUUCAUUAUGAAAAACAAAAUAAUUUUGAAGUGGAUUCAUUAUCGAACCAAAAAGAUAAUUUUAAAAAAUACUAUAGAUAUAAUAUUUUAUUAUAUAAAUCCAUUAAUUAUGAAGAUAAAAAAGACUCAUCUAUUUAUGAAUUACCAUUCCAUAAUAAGCAAGAGCUUUUUUAUAAUUACAAAAUAGAUAAAAGCAAAUUAUUUGAUAUGUCGGGAGGUAUCCCUGUCAAUAAGCAUCUAGCAGAAGAUGAUAUUAUCGAUAUGGAAAAAAGCUCGCAUAGAAAAUAUUUGGAUUGGAGAAUUCUCCAUUUUGGUCUUAGAAAGAAAGUCGAUAUUGAAUCCUGGAUCGAUACCGGAACCAAACAAAAAAAAAACCUUUUUGAUUGGAUGGGAAUGAAUGAAGAAAUACUAGAUCGUCCCACAUCAAAUUUAGAAUUUUGGUUCUUUCCAAAAUUUGUGAUACUUUGCAACGCAUAUAAGAUAAAAUCAUGGGUGAUACCAAUCAAAUUACUUUUUUUAAAUUUUAAUGGAACUAAAAAUGUUAGUGAAAAUAAAAAAAUCAACAAAAAGAAAAAUAACGAUCCUUUUAUAUCUAUAUCAUCGAAUGAAACAAAAUCCAUUCAAUUAAAGAAUCAAAAUCAUGAAGAAAAAGAGUCUGAGGAUCAAGUAGAUCUUGAAUCAGUUCUAGUAAACCAAGAAAAAGAUGUUGAAGAAGAUUAUGUAAGAUCAGACAGGAAAGAGCGUAGAAAGAAAAAGCAAUACAAAAGUAAUACGGAAGCAGAACUUGAUUUCUUGCUAAAAAGGUAUUUAUGCUUUCAAUUAAGAUGGGAUGAUUCUUUAAAUCAAAAAAUAAUCAAUAAUAUAAAAAUAUAUUGUCUCCUGCUUAGAUUGACAAAUCCACGAGAAAUUAUUAUAUCCUCUAUUCAAAGGGGAGAACUGAGUCUAGAUAUUCUAAUGAUUCAGAAAGAUUUAACUCUUACAGAAUUGAUGAAAAAGGGAAUAUUGAUUAUCGAAUCAACUCGUCUGUCGGUAAAAAAUGAUGGAAAAUUUAUUAUGUAUCAAACCAUAAAUAUUUUAUUGGUUCAUAAGAGAAAACAACAAAUUUAUCAAAGAUACAGAAAAAAAAACUAUAUUGAUAAAAAGAAUUUUACCGAAUCUAUUGUAAUAAAUCAAAGUUUAACUAGAAAUAAAGACAAAAAUAAUUAUGAUUUACUUGUUCCCGAAAAUCUUUUAUCCUCUAAACAUCGUAGAGAAUUGAGAAUUCUAAUUUCUUUCAAUUCAAAAAAUGGAAAUGAUAUAAAUACAGAAAUUCUCAAUAAUAAUAACAUAAAAAACCACGCUCACAUUAUAGAUAAAAGCAAACGUUUUGAUAGAGAUAAAAAUAAACUAAUUAAAUUAAAACUUUUUCUUUGGCCCAAUUAUCGAUUAGAAGAUUUAGCUUGUAUAAAUCGCUAUUGGUUUGAUACCAAUAAUGCUAGUCGGUUUAGUAUGAUAAGGAUACAUAUAUGUCCACGAUUAAAAAUUCGGUAA